AUGCUGAUUUUCGCAACGAUCGGUAUUUCGGCAUUUGGGUUCUGGCGCCUCGGCCUGGGAAAUGCCGAGAGGCGCGAACUGGCUCGUGAGCGUGCAUGGAGUCGAAUCUACCUUGCGCCGCUUCUGUUGGCGGAAGCUGAUCGCGAUGCAUUCCGUCGCGAUCGUGCAGCACUUCUACGUGAGAAACUACUCAUGAAGGAUGUGCCGGACUGGGAGGCUGGCAAGAGUGUAUACAAUACGAAGCGCUACACACCAAACAACUUUGUUGUUAUGUAG